AUGGCCGCUGUCGGCUACACGACCUCCAGCAUCACCGUCGUCUCCAUGCCCGACCAGGACCCGCAGCGAGACAACUCGACCCCCGCCCCCAUCCCCUCCACCGAGCCUCCCGCUUCCAGGACUGGGGACGACGACACCAAUACCAACUCCUGCGCCGAGCUCGACAGCGGCGGCCACACCGAUGACGACACCAGCACCAACACCAACGCUACCGCUACCGCUACCGCUACCGCUAAAGCUAAAGCUAACGCUACAGCUAAGGCGAGAGCUAACGCUAAAGCUAACGCUGAAGGUAAAGCUAAAGCUAACGCUAUGGCCAGGCGCCGCCGUUUUCCUUCCUUCGACGAGAUCGAGAAACUCCCGGGCCAAGCAAUCAACUCUUGCGACAAACUCCGCUCGGGUCGAACGCGAAUGGAAGGAGUCCUGCUUAUCACGGGCGACAUCGUGUGCCGGGAGGAGAGGCUGCUCGAGAUCACCGAGGAAUUGAUCAUCCUCUCCCAGACACCCGUCCUGUACUUGGAGGGCGUUCGCAUUCACUUCAAGGAGAACGCCAAGCUGAGGUUUGGCGUCUCCACGAUGCGCGUGGAAAAGCUCGAGGGGAUCUCCGGAGCGAUUUUCACCGUGGAGCCUCAGGGAUACGUGGGACUGUACGCCCACGGGCAGGGCCCAGUUCCCCACGAUGGAUCUGAGGAGGACACCAACUCCCUGGUGCAUGUUCAGACGGGGGGCGAGUUCUUCUUCGACUGCCACGCCCGCUACACGGCCUCCGGCAUGUCGGCGGUGGUGAUACCCUACCCGGAGAACCCCUCCUGGAUGCGGCUGCACGUCCUCAGCUGGCUUCGUACACGGCGGCAGCUCGAGCAGCAGCACCAUGAGCAGCAGCACCAAGAGCAGCAGGGCGAGCAGCAGCAGGGCAGGCGGGGCGCGGGAACCACACCGCCCUCUACCACCGCUGGGGAGUUCUCCUUCUGGCCUGGCUCGGGGUGCCUGGUGGGCGAGGAGCUACGCUUCCCGUCCACGAUGACCAGUCUCGACGAGAAGCACGUGAUGACCAUGGGGUUUGAUGGCAGCUUACUUCACACAGGCCCGCAGCGGUACCGUUUUUUCCGCGACGAGAUGGUUCAAGCCGUCGAAAACCGACCCUCGGGGACGCUCAGCACGCAAAACAUCUUGUCGGGCCUGAACCCCGACUACGACGGUGGAGAACCGCGCGCCGACCUCAAGGUUCUGGCCGCCGCCGAUCCGGCACAGGCCAUGCGCUCCUUCCGCGGCAGGAGGAAACGGUUCGAGCUCUCGAAGGUGCUCGAGGGCGAGGAGAGAGAGGCCACGGAACCGACAGCAGACGUUGUCGCCGAGAUGGAGAGAACACUCGAAGAGUUUCUUCGCGAGAGGAAGAACAAGUCGGACGUGAACAUGGAGGACGACGAUGAGGAGGAGAAAGUCCCGCCGCAUCAACCAGAGAGCACGGCUGAAGCGCGCCGCCGCAGCCGCUCGUCGAAGGGCCGAAGGGCCACCGACAGCGACGGCGAAGGCAGAAGCAGCGGUACCGGCGUAAGCAGCAGCAACGAUGACAGAAGUGAGGCAACAGCAGUAGUGGCGAAGAACGUCCCCAGUAGCCCACCGCAGCGGUACUUUGGGGACGUCAUCGUGCUCCAGGUUACAAAGGCGGGGGACGUGGCUGCCGAGUUGUACGACGCCCACACUGCAACACUUGAGAUACUUGCCUACCUGUCCGCCAUGUUGCCGCCGCCCUCGGUCGAGGUGGUGACGAUUGGGGGACAAAUCGUCAUGGAGAAGGGCAACCCGUUUCGGAGACAAACCGAGAAGCUCGACCCGAGUGGGGAGCGAGGGAACUGGCUCGAGAAGCAGCUGAACAAGGCGAACCCGCUGUCGACGGUUGGAAGAAUCAUCCGUCGACACCGCCUGCGCAGAGAAAGAAACGACAGCGCCAGCAGCAAUGGCGCCGACGAGAUCGUCAGCUUGGCGUACUCUCUCCACGUCGUGGAGAAGGGCUUCGAAGUUGAGCUGGAAAGCGUGUUUGUGUAG